GUCGUAUUUAGUGGUUACCUGUACAAUGAAGAGAAUACUCCAUUGGUUACCUUGUUAUCGGAACUUCCCUGGGGGAUUCGCGGUGCAUUCACCCAUAGAUAGCAUCAUAUCGGUAGUAACUAACUAUUAUACACGCAUAUGUAGGAGCAAGCAUUGACCUUGGCGAAAGAGGUUGGUAAAUACUAACGAGAAUGAGGUCACUUGUGUGAAGAGAUAAUUGCGAUGGGACAUGGGUCCUGUUAGACGCUGUUUGUGAUAUCAAUUUUGGCAGCUCAAUUGUCGAUCUGCUCGCUGGUCUAGAUAUCUAUCGGUAGCUCCUUGUUAAGUUUAUAUUCGCAGGCCUUGCAAUUCUCGAGAGCAACCAUGAGAGUCUAUCGCUCCGGAACAAUAGACAUUCCUAAAGAUCUGAAUUUAACAGAACUCCUCCAUAGAUCAGCAUAUCCAGACCUUCCCGAGUCUCAUCUAAUCGCCAAAGAUAGUUUAACGAAUCGAAGCAUUACGAUCGGACAGCUACGCGACCGAGCUGGUAGGAUUGCGAAAGGUCUCAAAACAAAGUUGAGCCCAGUCGACCAGGCAAGAUGGGCCGUCAUUCUACCUAAUAGUGUUGACUUUCUCGAGAUCUUCCAUGCGAUACUUUGGACGGGCGGCGUCGUAUGCCCUAUUAAUCACGCGUUGAAAGCUGCGGAGAUCGGCCAUGGACUUGCCGUCGCGAGACCACACUUUGUGGUAUCUUACGGGGCCACAGUUCCAAUUGUCGCGGAAGCCUUACGAGUCGCCGAAAAAGAGCUUGUCGACCAAGGAGUAAGCUGGGAGAAGCCUAAAAUUAUAACGAUUAUCAACCGAAUAAACGGACUUCCUCACAUACCAGAUGACUACAUCUCAUCAGAGCGUCUGCCAAUUCCGCAUUGGCGCGACACGACAGAUCGCCUUGCAUCAAUUCACCUGUCAUCUGGGACCACGGGCAAACCGAAGGGAGUUGAGCUGACGCACUACAAUUUCGUUUCAAAUUGCUAUCAACUCGUCGCACAUGACCGAGAGCAGUUUAAUCCGUCUUCUCGGACGGUAGCUUUCACGCCAUGGACUCACAUCGCCAUGACCACAUUGCCGCUUUUCUUAGGCCCUUACACCGGGAUGCUGCACCACGCUAUGCCGAGUUACAAUAUCGAAGAGUUUGCGAAGCUAGUCGGAUCGAACCAAGCUACGACUUUCCAGGGUGUGCCAAGCGUUGUCCUUCAGAUGGCAAAUUCCGAUGUAACCAGUCGAUUCGAUUUCAGUCGUGCAAAAUACAUCAAUGUUGGCGGUCCGCUAAAGAAUGAUCUUAAAGACCAGCUGCUAAGCAAGGCGCCGUGGAAGCUCAUCCAAGUGUAUGGAAUGACGGAGGCCGCCGGAUACGUCGCUUACCAGAAAGCGAGCGAGGAGCCACCAGAUGGAGUGACAGGCAAGUUAUUACCCAACGUUGAGGCCUGCCUCAAGAAAGAGGGAAGUACAGAAGACGUGCCUGAGGGUCAACCAGGCGAGCUCUGGUUGAGGGGACCGAACUUCACGCGAGGAUACGCUUUCAACGAGGAAGCAAACAAGAAAGGGUUUCCGAUGGAAGGAUGGUACAACACGGGAGAUGUAUGCACCAUCGAUGCGGAAGGUCGAAUAAGCGUAGUAGGAAGAACAAAAGACCUGAUCAAGUAUAAAGGCUUCCAGGUAUCUCCAGCAGAGCUAGAGAGUUACAUUAACGCCCAUCCUAACGUGGUGGAAGGGGGUGUUGGCGCGCUCUGGGACGAAAGUCAAUUGACAGAACUCCCAACAGCCUGGGUCAUAUUGAAAGAUAGAUUCAAGACUCCGCAAGAGAAGAAGAUGGCUCUUAAGGAGGUACACCAGGCGGUUGACAGCCAAGUGAGCGGCUAUAAGAAGCUCAGGGGAGGAGUCUGGGAGAUCAAGGGGUUACCGAAAAAUGCGACGGGGAAGAUACUCAGGAAGCAGAUGGCCACCAUGAGGGAUGGGGGUUGUUCACUCGAAGACUCACUUAAGGCUAAAUUGUAAGAUAAUAGAGUAAAGAUUAAUAGAAUGAGGGCCUCGUAAUAAGCAGCAUUAACAUUCC